AUGAAUCACGAAUAUUUUGAACGGAAGCCUGAAGGAUGGAAUAUUGUUGACUUCCUAAACCGGUGCGACAAAUAUAUAAAAAGUCUCAAAGCCAUCGCUGACGAGCAAGGAGAGGGCGAGAGGGCUGAAAAGGCGAAUUUGCUUUUAGACGAAUUUAAAAAGGCAAGCUGUUUGCUGAGCCACGAAACUGGUGCUGGCGCACAGGGUCCUGACCGUAAAAAAGCAAGUGAAUGGGAGAAAAAGCGCUCGCAGAGACAGGUUAACAUUCACCAACCAAAUCUAACCGCGGGGACUGUAGUAAACGGAGGAACAGUUGAUAUAAACGGUGAAGUAAAACUUAUGCCAAAGAAAAGAGAUCAUAAUGAGUCCGAUGACGAUUUCCAACCUAUGCUUAUCCGACCAAAGCAGAAGAAACAGUCAAAAAGGUCGGUAAAGAAUAAAGAAUCGGUUGCCUCAGCUUCUAAUAAGGCUGAUGAUGAUAAAGAUUUGGAUUAUGUACCUGAGUCAACCGGUAGCACAAGUGGUUCAAAAAAACGUAAGAAAUCAUCUAAAGGAGUAGAAGAGUCCGGAACUAAACCUACAUAUGUCUUGGUAUGGAAUUUAUAUGAAGAUUGGAAACAAAUAGUUGUGGAGUGGACCAUUGAUGAUACGAACAUAAGUGAUGAAUUUUUCCGCUUCAAACGUUUUGCUGAAUCAAAAGCAAACAGACAUGAAUUGAAAUUCUCAGAGCAUCCCGGCGAAAUUCUCGCUCUAAAUUCUAUACUCCUUUUGGAGGAAAACUCUGUCCGUGUACAAUUGAAUAUUUCAUCAGCCAUCCGCGCAAAGAUUUUUGAGCAAAUGAGGGCAAUGUACCCGAAAUACUAUUUGCCGAAAGUGGUUGAAGAUAUGUCAAAUCGAUGUGCUCAAGUUGCUCGAAAACAGACCAGGGAGGCUCUAGAAGAAGAAAUUGACAAUGCUUAUAGUGAUUUAAGGACGAACUCGAGUCCAUCCGAUAAAAAAUUGCUGAGGAUCAGUCAGAAUGUUUGGAAUCACAUUGCAGAGAAUUGGCGAACUAGUUUUGAUAGUCCUCGAACAAUAGAAGACACCCACGUACACCAUUCAAUACAUCCUUUCUUACGUCCAUUUUUCCCCGAUGGACCGGAUAGGAAAGUUGAUUGGGCAAACAAGUUGUCGUUCGUAAGCGCAUCUAGGAAAACAAAUGACAAUGACCAAGGCGAAGGACAUAAACCCGACUUCACAAUCACAGUUAAUAAAAGAAGUGGCAAAUUUGAAGUUGUAUUUGGCUUAUUCAAAUCGCCUUGCAAAAGUAGCUGUCAUUUCGCAAAUGUUGAUUUAGUGGAUUUAGGAGUUUUAAUGAAAGACUCACUAGAUAACAUGUAUAAAGAAAAACGUAUUGAAUUAGACAUGGCUGUAUUUGGAAUUCACGCAUUUGGUUAUAAUGUCCGUGUAUAUGCUAUGGAUCUUUCGUAUGAUGCUGUAUACAGAAUGUAUUUGAUGGGAGAAUUUGAAUUGCCAAAAAGUAAUAUUAGCCUGUGUUUGGUUGAAAACGCAUUACAUGAAGUAGAAAAUUUGAAGAAUUUCGUAGAAGAACAUAUUGAAAGGCUUCCAUCCUAUACCACUAAUAAUGACAUUGUAAGAACCCCAACCGAAAAGAUGAGGAUGAUCAGGAAAACGGUAGCAACUCCUCGCAAGGUUGAGUUGAAGUUAGGCGAUGUGUAA